AUGGAUAGAACCUACGUAUUUUCCCAUUCGACAGUCCAUCUUACGAGCACAAACGACUGGAACCACAUCCAGUCCACCGGCCUUGAUUUCCAACGGACCAGACCAUUUCUACAACAAGACACCUUGGGUGUAGACAAACACACAGCGACACGAAUUGAUUCCAAGCUAGUUCAAAAACUCGCCCCCAUCACAAGUGACAGGUGUGAUGAAGGUCCUGGAGCAGAAAUCCUUGUCAACCUGAUGAUGCCGAUAUCCACUAGGUUCAACCACGAACGACGUACAAGAGAGCCGAUUUACUCGGACGUCUGUGCCAUUUCCUUUUUGACGAUCACAACUGAGGAAGCCAUCACCAGUCCCUGCUAUCUGCCCAUCGAGCGGGGAAUGUGUAUGGCACACAUGAAGAGGUGGGCCUAUGACGCAACAACGGGUCUAUGCGUUCCCUUCGUGUACGGUGGCUGUGGUGGCAACGCGAACCAAUUCAAGUCAAAAGCGGCUUGUAGGAAAGUGUGUAAGGGCAUGUAA